AAGUAAAAAACAGAAAGUCUGAAUCAAAGGGCAGGUAUGUUCGUUUCAUCGUAACGUCGGAAAUCAAGAAACCCAGGAAAAAAAAAAAUUCGGAAGAAUGCAUACAUCAUUUGUACAUGCAUAUCUGAGUUUUGUUAACAUUGAAUCAUCUUCUUUCUCGCAUAAAAUCCGUACAACUUUUCGUGUAUGUAUACACGGUAGCCCAAGUUACAAACCCUAGGCCCCGAAUCAUCUCCUCGUGAUUUUACGAACAUGGGCAAGGAGAAUAUUUCUGGUGUGAAGAUAGAUGACCCAUUUCUACAUAAUGAGAAGAUCAAGGCCGUUGAAUUGGAGAAAAUUCCAGAAUGGAAAGAUCAGAUUACGAUAAGAGGGUUGGUGGUGAGUGCUCUAUUGGGCACACUCUUUUGUAUCAUCUCGCACAAGCUGAAUCUGACGGUGGGGAUCAUCCCGUCGUUGAACAUUGCUGCAGGAUUGUUGGGCUUCUUUUUUGUUAGGUCAUGGACUGGAUUUAUGUUUAGGUUGGGGAUUCCUGUCAAACCGUUUACUAGACAGGAGAAUACGGUGAUUCAGACUUGUGUGGUGGCUUGUUAUGGCCUCGCAUUUAGUGGUGGUUUUGGGUCAUAUUUGCUAUCAAUGGAUUCCAGAACGUAUAAUCUAAUUGGUGCGGAUUACCCUGGUAAUCGAGCGCAAGACGUUAAGGACCCAGGCUUGUUUUGGAUGAUGAGCUUCAUUUUUGUUGUCAGUUUUCUUGGCAUUUUCAGCCUUGCCCCGCUUCGAAAGGUUAUGGUCAUGGAUUAUAAGCUCACAUAUCCUAGUGGAACUGCCACAGCAAUGUUGAUCAAUAGCUUCCACACGGUUUCUGGAGCGGAGCUUGCAGGGAAGCAAGUAAGCUGUCUUGGAAAGUAUCUGAGCUUGAGUUUUUGCUGGAGCUGCUAUAAAUGGCUCUUCAGUGGUAUUGGAAAUUCAUGUGGAUUUGACAGAUUUCCAAGUUUUGGUCUGACACUGUUCAAGAAUACAUUUUAUUUCGACUUUAGCCCAACAUAUGUUGGAUGUGGUCUUAUCUGCCCUCACAUAGUCAACUGCUCAUUACUUCUUGGAGCAAUCAUAUCUUGGGGAUUUCUUUGGCCGUUUGUUUCCCAGCAUGCUGGAGAUUGGUACCCAGCCGGCCUUGAAAACCACGACUUCAAAGGUCUAUACGGCUAUAAGGUCUUUAUAUCUAUUUCGCUUAUUAUGGGAGAUGGCCUUUACAAUCUGGUGAAGAUAAUAACUAUAACAGUCAAGGACUUGUGCAAAAUCAAUACGACUCAGGCUCAUCUUCCUGUUGUAACAGAGAUUCUAGAUGAUGAGAGUUAUAAGUUACUGCAGGAGCAAAAACAACGAGAUGAGGUGUUUCUGAAAGAUAGCAUACCAAACUGGUUUGCAGCUUCAGGAUAUUUGGGUCUGGCUUUAAUAUCUACAGCUGCGAUGCCACUCAUCUUUCCACCCUUUAAGUGGUAUCUGGUCCUCUGCUCAUAUAUAAUUUCCCCUGCCCUUGCUUUUUGUAACUCAUAUGGUACUGGGCUCACAGACUGGAGCUUGGCUUCAACCUACGGGAAAAUUGGCCUUUUUAUGAUCGCUUCAUAUGUAGGAGAAGAUGGAGGGGUCAUAGCAGGUCUGGCUGCUAAUGGAGCGAUGAUGGCCAUCGUCUCCACUGCAGCCGAUCUAAUGCAAGACUUCAAAACAGGGUACCUCACUCUAUCAUCUGCCAAGUCUAUGUUUGUGAGUCAGCUAGUCGGAACAGCCAUGGGCUGUAUCAUUGCACCCCUCACAUUUUGGUUAUAUUGGACUGCUUUUGAAAUCGGAACUCCUGACAGUCCAUACAAGGCACCGUAUGCUGUUAUAUUGAGAGAAAUGGCCAUCCUGGGGGUCGAGGGCUUCACAGAGCUUCCGAAGAAUUGCCUUGCCAUAUGUUACGGAUUUUUUAUGGCAGCUCUGCUUAUGAACCUGCUAAGAGAUGUGUUACCCGAGAAGAUAUCGCAAUUUAUUCCUAUCCCAAUGGCAAUGGCAGUGCCCUUCUAUAUUGGAGCCUACUUUGCUAUUGACAUGUUUGUAGGGACAGUUAUAUUGUUUGCAUGGGAGCAAGUAAAUAGGCAAGGUGCUAAAGAUUUUUCUGGAGCUGUUGCUUCAGGGUUAAUUUGUGGUGAUGGAAUAUGGUCAAUACCGUCUGCAAUUCUCUCCCUAUUAAGGAUUGAACCACCCAUCUGCAUGUCUUUUGGGCCAUCCAUUACCGGUUGAGCAAGGCAUCUGUGUACUCAUUGUAGAAUUUUUAGUGUAAAUAAGCCUUAUUUAGUUAUCUCUUUGUAAAUACUAUGUGUACAAACUUUAGUGUAAAUAAGCCUUAUUUAUAGUACAAAUUAGUUUUCUCUUUGUAAACUUUGUGCUGUGAAAAAAAAAUUGUUUGUGUAAA